AUGGAUCACUACCUAACAGUGCGCAAAUGGGAGCCUGACUUUAAGGCGUCGGAAGCCUUUGAAACCUCUACCGCUGUGUGGGUCAGGUUUCUGGAGCUUCUGAUAGAAUAUUUUCAAGAGAAGGUGCUCUAUGCAAUAGCCAGACAGAUUGGAAAACCCCUUAAAAUUGAUAUGACCACCGCCAUGGCUACCAGAGGUCGCUUUGCUCGGGUGUGCAUUAAAGUGGAUCUAAGCAAACCAUUAUGCCCUAGAUUCAUAUUAGGCAAUAAAAGUUAUAAUAUAGAGUAUGAAUCCAUCCACUCAUUCUGCUUUCACUGUGGCAGGGUUGAUCGUCGCAAAGAACUGUGCAAAUAUCAAGCGGCGAACCACAAAUCACAAGAGGAUCACUGGAACAGGCCGCCGGAGGAGGAACGACCACUAGCCGUUACAGGAAAUACGGAUCAAACUACAACAACUACAACGUCUACCUCUGGCACUAACGGUAACCUGCAACAAAUAAACAAAGAAGAUGAUACAUAUGGACCUUGGAUGAUGGUCACCAAAAGAUCUCGGAAGGUCACAAUUCAUAGAAAGGCCCAACCAUCUGGGUCAAGCCCAAACACAAAUAGGUUCACAGAAUUGGGUAAAGGCAUCCAAUAA